AACUAGCAUAGAAUCAACAGCCCAAUAAAUGGUCGAUGAUCUUAAUUAAAGCUUUAAAGACAACCCUCACUGUCUCUUGUUUCAGCUCUUUCUCCUAUCUAAAACCCCUUUUAAAAUUAACACCCCAAGUUGAUAGUUGAUACACAAUUACUCGUUAGUUCAGCUCAACCAUGGCCAUGGCUAUAGAUGGAACCAAAUUUGAGCUCGACUUUUCCGGCUAUAGCAGCACAACCACCACAGCCACCACAACCCCCACCAUUUCCACCGAAAAUGACCAUGACCAUGCCUGCAAUUGGAACGACUGGUCUCCAAUGGUCGACUGGGAGGCCUUAUCUGGCCCCCACGAUGACUUUCAAGACCUCAUCGAUUCCAUGAUGGAUGAUGGAGCAUUAAUGAAUCAAAGUAGUCGCUUGACACCAGACACGAGCAACUCCAUGUCCACAAGUGACACUGUGUUUGUCGAUGAAGAAACAAGCUGCAGCAACGAUUUCAAGGGUUUGCGGUUAGUUCAUCUAUUGAUAGCUGCGGCCGAGGCACUUACUGGUCUAAACAAGAACAGUGAUCUGGCUCGGGUGAUAUUGGUUCGGCUCAAGGAGUUGGUGUCCCCAAAUGAUGGAACCAACAUGGAAAGAUUAGCUGCUUAUUUCACUGAUGCCUUGCAAGGUUUACUAGAAGGCACUGGUGGUAUUCACAGCAAUAAACAUCAUUCGGUAACCAACAAUGGGCCUUAUCAUCAUCACCAUCGCGACGAUCCUCAACAACAUCGCCAUCAAAAUGAUGCUCUUGCAGCCUUUCAGCUAUUGCAAGACAUGUCGCCUUAUGUCAAGUUUGGGCAUUUCACUGCCAAUCAGGCAAUUUUGGAAGCUGUAGCUGAAGAUAGGAGGAUUCAUAUUGUGGAUUAUGAUAUCAUGGAAGGGAUCCAAUGGGCUUCUUUGAUGCAAGCUUUAGUCUCCAGGAAGGAUGGCCCACCAACCCCACACCUUAAGAUCACAGCCAUGUCAAGGGGUGGCAGUAGUCGGAGGUCUAUUGGGACCGUCCAAGAAACGGGACGUCGUUUAGUGGCCUUUGCUGCAUCAAUCGGUCAACCCUUUUCUUUCCAUCAGUGCAGGUUAGACUCCGAUGAAACAUUUAGACCAUCUGCUUUGAAGUUAGUUAAAGGGGAGGCAUUGGUUAUGAAUUGUAUGUUACACCUUCCUCAUUUUAGUUACCGGGCACCCGAUUCUGUUGCUUCGUUUUUAUCCGGAGCCAAGACAUUGAACCCGAGAUUAAUAACCAUGGUGGAGGAGGAGGUGGGGCCCAUUGGGGAUGGAGGGUUUGUGGGUCGGUUCAUGGACUCAUUGCACCACUACUCUGCCUUUUAUGAUUCGAUGGAGGCGGGUUUUCCGAUGCAGGGUCGGGCUCGGGCUUUAGUUGAAAGAGUGAUUUUGGGGCCCAGGAUUUCCGGGUCAUUGGCUCGGAUCUAUAGGGCACGUGGAGAAGAGGUUUGCCCAUGGUGGGAGUGGUUGGCUGCGCGGGGGUUUCAGCCAGUUAAAGUAAGCUUUGCCAAUAAUUGUCAAGCAAAGCUUUUGCUGGGAGUUUUUAAUGAUGGGUACAGGGUGGAGGAAUUGGCUAGCAACAGGCUCGUCCUUGGUUGGAAAUCUAGACGUUUACUAUCAGCCUCUAUUUGGACCUCUCCUUCUGACCCUGAUUUGUAAAUUUCUUUCUUUUUUCUUUUUGUUAUUUGCUCUUUUGCUCCCCGAUUUCCGGUUUCUUUUUUUGUACCUUCUCAGCGAAAUUGAAUUUGAAAGAGUACUGAGAAAAAGCUCUACGAAUUUUUUAA